GUAACACAUUAACGUCAUCGGUAUCGAAAAGAAAAACAUUAAACAUUUAAACAUUAUGUCGAAGGGAAAAUCCCAGAAGACAACACAUUUGUUCACAAAAACGACUUAAAAUAUCUUUUAAAAAGUGUGUGAGUCAUCAGCACGCGAUCGACAGCCUUUAAUGUUUAAAAUAAUAACGCUUACCCAUUUCGAACCUUCAGACUUAAGCGACCCAUGAAUACAAAUACAAACUACCAGUAAUUGCGGGUAAUUAAAAAUCAGUUCUCUUAAGUGAAAUUGUUACCAGUCUCUCUUUUAAAGACAAGCUGACAUUGUCCAAUGUAAUUAUCUAUUGGUAGAAACUUAUACAAAAUACAAAAGAACAAAAGAAUUGUCACUUUGUCGUAAAAGUUAUUUUUUGUUUAUUCAUCAUUGGUUUCAAAAUUGCAAAUGUAUGUGUUUGUUGAAUUGUGGAAAAAACUGCGGUACGAAAUAUUGAACAACCGACGGGCAAACAAAAGAUUUGUUUUAGAAAUAAAGCGAGGAUUUCAAAGUGUAAAUGGUGAAACAUUGUUUAAAAUAACAUUUAAAAAAUAAACACAAACAUAUACAUAAUUUACACGUAAUAGAUGCGGUGGGAUUUAAGUGAUUCACAUCAGAACAAAACAAAGCAUUUUACAAGUAAAAGAUUAUUUUAUGUCUUUGUUUAUUCGCUAAACAUCAAUUAUGCUCAUUCACCGGUAGCAACAAUUGUAUAAAACUGGAUUUCUGCACAGACGGACGGGAAAUACGGAAUAUGUUUGUCGGACAAAAAAAACAAACACCGAAUGACCGUAAUAUGUGAAUGUUCAAAUUGUCAAGAAGCCUUCCUAACCAAACUCCGCUUAUUUGACCUAUAAAUGUCAACUGAACUAUCUCGCUGACGUGGACGACCCUCAUUAUGCCGAUCGGAAUCGAGAACGUGCUGAAGGAUGUGGACAUGCAGAUCGUGUACCGCAGACUGGAGGCCCGGAAGAGGGACAUCACCGCCGACGGCAAGAUGUCCAAGCGGCAGCUGGCGAUGGCUUACCGCGGCUACCACGGGCUCGAGUCGCAGUACCACGCACUGCAGCAUCUCUCCAAUGACGUCAUGCUCAACGCCAAACUGCGCAACGACAACAUCCAGAACCGGCACGCAGAUGAAAUGCGCGCACUCAUUGAGCAAGAGCGCAAUUCACGCAAAGAAAACGAGAAAGCGCUGCAGGCGAUGCGAGAGGACUUCACCGCUCAGAUCGCUUAUCAGUACGUGUCUAAGAACCACAGCUUCAAGCGCAACUUCCAGUCCCGGAAUCAGACGGCGCGUAAACCUCGGCCGGUUUCGGACAAUCCGCAGCUUUACGCGCAGGAAAUCGAGAGGCGACAGCAGUCUAGUCGCGGCGGCUCGAGACCUCUCGGGUCGCUGCGCGAGGUUGAUAAAUACAAAGACGAACUCAAGUUCCCGCCGAUACGGCCCUCGGAGACGUCAGGGGGAAAAGAGGCGCUAUCGCCGCGCGUGAAUAUGAUGGGAGGGAAAACAUAUCAAGAGAUGAAGAAUCGGAACCCGGAGGAAGAUGACGCUGAGAAAAAGUUAUCAUCGUUUCCGAAUAUUGAGAACGCAAUGGGCGUAGAGAUUCGGUACAAAUACAAGCCGAACGAAGAUGAAAAAAGCAGUAUGAUAUCAGCGCCUCCGGGUAACAUGGACGCAGAGACAAUUAUCGACAGCUAUUUUUCGCCGUCGCCUUCGGGCCUCGUGGCUUUGGACAUGGGACAGAACCUCGUUCAGCUUAGACGCGCCGAAAGGGAGCGCUACGAGACACAGCGCCGGCAACUUCCGGCUACCCCUGGGCCUAAAAACAAAAUAUUGCUGGUGGCAAGGAAAACGGCGGAAAGCAAAGAGGCAUGGCGACGAGUACUUCCGGAUACUCCCGUGCGACCGUCUACUGUCUUUCCAGGCAAUGCGAGGAACAGUGUUGAGAUCCAUCGGCUGAUGAAGAAAGAGGCCACCAGUGUCCUGGACCAGUGGGCCAACAACAAUAAGCGAGUGGAGGCGGUUGAGCUGGCGAAGGAGAGAUACCGACAAGAGAUGACGGAGCAUCCGUUACCUACGUUUGAUCCACGGCGGCCGACCUCCGCUAUUCUCCGCGAAUACAAGGAAUACAAACGACAGGAGGAAGAGCGGAAGGCAGCAGCGGCACUCCAACGGGAGUAUACAACCACGAACGACGCCUCUGUCAUCAUACGCCAGAUUUCCCCGCAACCGCGACCGGCUUCCCCGGUUUCACAACGUAGAGCCGACUUCAUAAAGCGCGUACAGACACCGGCGUCAAAACACCGCGACCGCGACAUGUCUGACGUGUCGGCGCUGCCGCCACGCGCCGGAAAACUGCGGCGAGCCGAAAGCGAGAAGUUUCCAUCCGUUUCCCGUACUACGUCGUUUAAGGAGCUUCCGGAGCACGAACUUCUGGAGCUCCAGGAGAACGCCCUGCUUACCGCCGCCGAACGAAUCCAAUUGGAGAAAAAUAAAAGAGACGCUGAAAACAAGCCGCCUCCUAAGCCGAAACCUGAGACUUCGGACCCUGUCGCUGAAUCCUUACCAAAACCACGUGAUGAGCGCGAUGAGAAAAAGCGAGGAAAGAGAGGCCGGCGACGUUUACCGCCGACGCCGCAUCCGGCUGUUGCGCAGGAGGUGGAGAUUGGUGAUGACCACGUCAUUGCAAACGUCCAGCUGUUUACAAACGCAUUGCUGCGAGUGGAUACUGAUGUCGAUAUGAUCAAUAAGGUCAAGCUCGCGAACGUCGACGAUGAUGAGGUCGCGGGCAAAACAACGAUGUCGCAAAAAACUGGCGAUGCGAAACACGAUGAAAGCGGCGCGUCGUAUAUGCCGCUUAUCAAACAGAAGAGCGCUCCCGGCAUCAGCGGCGUCCCAUUUUCGGAGGAGAAGGUGCAUCGGUUGAACAUCAGCAGCACCCUGCCAAGUAAGGACAUGUUGCCAAAGGUCUCCAAGCGCAUGGAGUUCAGCUAUGAAAACUUCACGCGGCUACCAUCGGAUACCGCCAAGAAGCGCCUAGAGUUGAAGGCGCGACAAAAGCGGAAGAUCCAGCAGAAAAACGCGCAACUCGAAGAAGAGCGCCGACAGCGCCUCCAGACCGCCAAUGCGCCAACGAAACCUAAAGGCGCAGAUGAGCGCCCGCCGACGAGAGUGAGCUUCAAUGAAAACGUGAUCGUUUUCCAGACGAUUUAAAUAUUUGUUAUUUUGCUCUGUUUGAUUAGAACAAAAUGCCUGUUUUCGAUAGUUUGGACUUUAAAUACAUUCUAUUUUUAGUCCCCUACCGGUUUCAACGGAGGGGACUUAUGGUUUGCGCUCUGUGUGUGCUUCAGUCCGUAAGUCUGUAAGUCUGUCACACUGGAUCCGGCGAUAACUUUUAAAGUUCUUAAUAUUUUUGAUGAAACUUGAAACAUGGAUAGAUGGCAAUAUGGACAUUAUGCACGUCAUUUAAUUUUGUUCAUACGUCAAAAAUUAUGGUUGCAAUGGCAACAAAUAGACUAGAAAUACUGUUGGAAAUGGUGGUUUUCUGGAUCCUGCGAUAACUUUAGAAGUUCUUCAUAUGUUUUCAUCAAACUUGAAACAUGGAUAGAUGGCAAUAUGGACAUUAUGCACGUCAUUUCAUUUUGUUCCUUCAUCAAAAAUUCUGGUUUCUAUGGCAACAAAUAGACUACAAAUACUGCUGAAAAUGGUGGUUUUCUGGAUCCUGCGAUAACUUUAAAAGUUCUUCAUAUUUUUUCACGAAACUUCAAAUAUGGAUAGAUGGCAAUAUGGACAUUAUGCACGUUAUUUUAUUUUGUUCAUACGUCAAAAAGUUUGGUUGCUAUGGCAACAAAUAGAAUAGAAAUACUGCUGAAAAUGGUGGUUUUCUGGAUCCUGCGAUAACUUUAAAAGUUUUUCAUAUUUUCUUUAAUGAAACUUGAAACAUGGAUAGAUGGCAAUAUGGAUAUAAUGCACGUCAUUUCAUUUUGUUCCUACGUCAAAAAUUCUGGUUGCUAUGGCAACAACAAAAAAGUUCUGACACUGUUGGAAUUUCUGACAAUGGUGGAGCCGGUAGGGGAUUUUUAUUGCUUGGCAAAAGUCUUGUUUUUAAAUGUGUGUCUUUAAUACAUAGUAAACAUGUUUUUGUUUAAUGCACGUCUUCCAGACAAAGAACUCUU